CGACCAGUAGGUGAGAGGAGCGCAGUCCACGGUGAGCUAGCGGCCUUCUCCAGCUGACUGGAGCUAGCAGGCUGGGGCGGGACUCUGAACGCGGUGGCUGCGGACCGCGGGGGAGCGGCGCUGGGUGCGCGCGGGCAUCUGCGGGCUCGGCUGGAGCGCACAGUGAUACCCUGAGAAGAUGGGAAAGGGAUGCAAGGUUGUGGUUUGUGGAUUAUUAUCUGUGGGGAAAACUGCAAUUCUGGAGCAGCUUCUUUAUGGAAAUCAUACUAUUGGGAUGGAAGAUUGCGAAACAAUGGAAGAUGUAUACAUGGCUUCUGUGGAAACUGAUCGGGGAGUAAAGGAACAACUACAUCUUUAUGACACCAGAGGUCUACAAGAAGGCGUUGAGUUGCCGAAGCAUUAUUUUUCAUUUGCUGAUGGCUUUGUUCUUGUGUACAGUGUGAAUAACCUUGAAUCUUUCCAAAGAGUGGAGCUUCUAAAGAAAGAAAUCGAUAAAUUCAAAGACAAAAAAGAGGUUGCAAUUGUUGUAUUAGGAAACAAACUUGACCUUUCUGAGCAGAGACAAGUGGAUGCUGAAGUGGCACAGCAAUGGGCAAAAAGUGAGAAAGUGAGACUGUGGGAGGUAACUGUUACAGAUCGGAAAACUCUGAUUGAACCUUUCACUUUGUUAGCCAGUAAACUCUCUCAGCCCCAGAGCAAAUCAAGCUUUCCUUUGCCUGGGAGGAAAAACAAAGGAAACUCUAGCUCUGAAAACUAGAAAUCACCAGUUACACAAUUGUUAGCUGAACAGGGUUGCCUGUAAUUGUGAAUAGUAAGCUUAACAUUUAUAAAUAGGCCAUUUAUAUCUACCUACCUUUGGCCUUUAAGGAAGCCAUAACUUAAUAUGCUUCAGGUUAUUAUGAAAUUAGACUGCUUGAUAUGAAAUUACUUUUAUUCCUCUUUUGAAGUCUGUCCCUGAAAUUAGCACCUGUCAUUUAUGUUGUCAAAACAGUAAAAUAAAAUUGAAUAUUAUGCAUAUGUACUCCAACAUGUUUCAGAAGGUAUCGUAUUUUGUAUGACUUCCUACAAACUUUUUAGCUCAAAUAUCUUUUUUUUUACAAGUUGAUUAGUCACUUAAUGCCUAGGAAUAUGAGGCUUAACACUUUAUGCAACCAAAUUGGACCAGUAGCAAUGACCAAUUUAGGUACCACAUAGUAAUUUUUAUCAGAGAAAUCACUGAAUGAGACAAAAGCCAUAAACUGCUUUUGCUCCUGUUCCAUUUAAUAUGAGAUGGUAGGUAGUGGAAAUAGGUUUGUCAUACCCCAUAGCCUCUUUAAGAAUACAGGCUCUUCUUUAUUUUAAAAAUGACUAAUAAGGUGCAAGGGUGUAUAUAUAGCUCAAUGGCACAAGCACCUGCCUGGCAAGUGCAAGGUCCUGAGUUUGAUUCCUGGCACCAAAAAGCAAAAGAAUUAAGUAAUAGUGAGAGAAAAGCUUACAUUUCUAGAAGGAAUACUGUAUCUUUCUAGAUGCCUGGUCAAGUGCAGCAAAAUAUAGAAUACUGGGCUGUACUAUGAUUCUCUGAUGACUUUGGCAAGAUCUGAGCAAUGUGGUUAAUUUUAUUUAGCAAGUAGAUAGCAUUAAUCAGUUAACCCUUUUGACUUAAAAAGUAAGUAUGAAAUAAGCUGUUUCAACAAAUGACAUGUUAAAAUAUCAAGUAAACUAACGUAAGUGGAAUACUUUUUUUUUUUUUUUAACAUGGAGUACUUUUGAGAUUAGGUUGUUGCUCAGUUUAGUGAGUUCAAGCCAAUACUACACAUAUGAAAUAUAAAAAUAAGCUGGUUCUGCUAUAUAGAAUUCUUCUAAGUUUCUUGUGAUUUUUUUUCCUGUCCCCUUUUCUCUUCUGGCUGUAGAUCUACAUGAGUAUCCAUAGGGUGACCGUACUUUUCUAAAAGAGUAUGGAUGGGCUGGGGACAUAACUCAGUGGUGUAAACGCCUGCCUGGCAAGCGCAAGGUACCGAGUUCCAUCCCUGGUACCGCCAAAAAAAAAAAAAAAACCCAGACCAAAAAAAAAAAACUAUGGUGAAUGCAUGUGCAGUAGGGCUCGUCUAGAAGGAUCACCCAGGUUAUUAUGGAAACUGCCCUCUAACAUGGGCAGAAUCGGUGUCUUAUGUACUUCCUACCAUGACACCUGCAAGUUAGAAAAUGCUUUUUAAAAGUUGCAGUGGUAGUUCGGCAUGGUGCUGUGUGCCUAUAACCCAGCACUUGGGUUGGAUCCAAGGCCAGCCUGGGCUACAUGGUAAGACCCACCCUGUUUCCA